AUGGAAAUAAAUCAAGAAACCAAUGAGAAAACCUGUAAAAUAGAAAUAGAUGACACGUCUGUUGGUCCUUCGGAUAUCCUCAAAAUUGAAAUUAAAGAACCCAAGACAGAAACUACAUAUGAGACAUUUGGAUGUUUAGAUAAUGAAUUCCCUGUAAACACUGAAGUAGAACAAGAUGAAUAUAAAUUUACAUUAUUUGAAAAAACGCAAACAACAAAUAAAAGUAAGUAA